AAAAUAAUAAAAAAAAUUGGAACCGCCUUCUUUUAUUUCCUUCCCACCAAAAUGAAAAACCCCGAGUCCCUUUCCCAAUCCUCGAAUCACCCAAAUCCCAAUUCACUCCCAACCGAUAAAAUGGUCACCGGCGCCGGAGCAGCCACCUCCAAGAAGCGCCAACGCGCCGUACACGCCGCCAACUUAACCGCCUCCUCCUCCACCCGCUCCUCCUCUUCCAUCGUCCUCGACAAGCCCGGCCCCAACCCGAUCCACAAACCCCACGACCCUUCUCUCCCUCUCUUCAACGACGUCGCUUCCGCUGACGUCAUCCUCCGCCUCACCGUCGACCCUACCCUCUCAGACCUAACCUCAGAUCACUCCCCCGACGACGUCGUUCUGUACCUCCACGCCGCCUGCCUCCGCCGCUGCAAAUACUUCGCCGCGCUCUUGUCCGACCGAUGGCAGCCGCGGAACCAAGACGGCCGGGACGACGUCGUCUUGGCCGCGCCGUAUCGGAUCAGCCUGGAAGUCCCGCCGGCCCCCGGAGCCAUCGAGGCCCGCAUUUCCUUGCUGCGGCUUCUCUACAGCGACGACGACGAUUUCGCCUCCACUAUAAACACCGCGGCGGCGGCGAUCGAGCUCCUCCCGGUGGCCUUGGAGCUUCUCUUCGAGGACUGCGUCCGGCGCUGCGUUCAGUUCCUCGAGGCCGUGCCGUGGACGGAGGAGGAGGAGAGUCGCAUCCUCGCCCUGGUCCCUCUUCUGAGCGAAGACGAAUCCAAGGACCUCCUGGCUAGGGUUUCGGGGACGAACAAUUCCAGCGAGGAAAUGCUGUAUGGAUUGAUCACCUCCGUGAUUCACAAUCCGAACAUGGCGUACGUCAAGGCGUUUGUGGCCAAGCUGCUGAGGGAGUUCUCCGCCAGGGACUCGGCGGAGCGAGUUCUGGAGAGGGCGUUUCAGAGCACCUUCAAGGUGGUCAAGGAGUCCAUGGAGGACUACACCAGGCCCGGAGUGAGGGGAGACCACAAUGAGACUGAGGCUAUCCAGAGGCUGAAUUUGCAUACGGCUAUGACCAAUGGGAGGCACCUGCUGUGGCUGGUGGAGAGGAUGGUUGAGCUCAGGGUGGCUGAUGCCGCCGUCAAGGCUUGGAGCGAGCAGCCAUCGUUUACUGCAGAUUUGCAGAGGGCGUUUCGUGACGAUGCUUGGAGGAAUAUAGUGCCUGGCCUGCCUGGUGUGUUGCUCCGCUGCACUGCCAAGCUUUCGAGUGCAAUUGCUUCCGGUACUAUUUUGGUUGCUGCUCAGGUUAGGAAGAAACUUGUAAAUGAUUGGCUUCCGGUUCUGAUUGUAUGCAAAGACAAUACAUCACCUCUGACGCCAAAUAACAGACCCUUAUACCUGGACCUGGAAGACACAUUCCUCAAAAUCAUCUCUACACUCCCGAUGUUAGAUGCAAAAGAGUUGUUGCAGCAGUGCCUUAUCUUCUCAACCCGAAAUUUUGAUGAUUGCCCUCAUUUGGUCAUGGCUUUCAACACCUGGUUCCGCCGUGCUGCUCGACCCCCUCAAGGAAUCUAGUGUGUGUAAGGGUGUUAGCCUUUUGUUAAUAUGAAGUAGUGCUUCUUUGCACUCUUGUUCUUGUGGAUAUUUAUAAGGCUAGAUUUUUGUUAGGCUGUUUCUGGCAUUGUGAAUAUUAAUUACCCUACUGUCCUAGACAGCCAAACUUGGCACCAAGUAUAUAAACCUCAAACUCUGCGGCAGAAAGUGAGUCUUGCUUCUUUGACGCUACCUGGUAGCUUUUGAAGUGGUCAGAUUUAAAUGGAUUCUUGAAAAGUA